AUGUCGAUCUCCGCUCCAUCUCCGGUGAUUCCCCCUACCCCCGUCCCUCCAGAUUUAUUGUUCCUCCGCCCUUUGUCAGAUCCCGUCGUCUGCUCGCUUCCUCCGCUCCCUUCGGCUGAAGGCGAGCAACCUCUUCUGGUUUCUCCUUCUGGAGCAGAGGUUCGUGCUUUGUCUCCGGUUCCGUCUCUCGCAGAGGUUCCGUCUUCGUCUCCGUCUCCGGCUCAGACUCCGGCUCCCGCGGUGGUUCCGUCUUCGUUGAAACCCUCCUCUUGGGUCAAUAAAGCCAAAUCGGUUUUUCAACAUUUGGUUAAAGUGGCCUCCCCUUCCGUUUCAGUCGAUGGAAUUCCGUCUAUUCAGGCACCGGACUCGAUUACACUUGUUUCUUCUACCACCUGGAAAGACUAUUUGGUAGCCUUUUUUCAUGGGCGUCCCCCCUCUCCAGCAAAGGUUUUCUCAGAUUUAAAUCCUAUAUGGGGGAAGAAUGGGAACAUUUCGGUAAAGCUUCACUCUAAGCGUUCGUACCUGAUCUUCAUCCCUUGUCCAAUUAUGCGUCAGUGGGCUCUUGACAUUGGUUUCUGGCACUCUGGAAAUUGCUCUUUCACAGCAUUGCUUUGGCAUCCUUCAAUUAACCUCUCUGAUAUGAAGCUUUUACACGCACCAGUAUGGGUCCUCUUCAAAAAGGUUCCCGUAGAACUUUGGUCUCUCUUGGGUUUUAGCACUAUGGCUUCUGCGGUGGGAUUCCCCGUUCACUCCGAGUACCCCGAUGUGAAGCCUUUCACCAAUGGAGUUGUUAAGCUUCGUGUGGUCAUAGAGUUAGAGAAGCCACGGCCGUCUGUGGUUCGUGUGACAGACAAGUUAGGGAACUCUGUUUACCUUCCAGUUGAAUUUCAGAAAAUCCCUCCCAAAUGCAGUGCAUGUGGGGACUAUGGUCAUCUUCGCUUGCGAUGCCUGCAGCCUCUCAAGAAGCCUUUACCUGUCUCGAAAGACUUCCCUGCUUUUACAGGUGUCAUGACUCUUGAUCCAGAGGCAGCAUCUGCAUCUUCUCCAACGCCACCCUCCCCUGUAGCUGCUAAUUCUCCUCCAUCAAUCGGUAGCUUUGGAUAG